CUCGCUUUGGUCUCUCCUCUCUCUUUUGUGGAGCUGCUGCAGGACUGGCUAUGGCCGCCGCUACUUCCGGGAUCCGUCAUUUCAUUCGCCCACCGCUCGGCGCUGCGCGCUGACUCCGUUUCUAUAAGCAAGCUAGCAGCCAACCUGCCAACACUCGCUGACACUCACUCAUCUCAGGCUCGCCAGAUAGACCAAAUACCUACGGGGGGAAAGGAAGGAGAGAUCUGAAUCGCGGUCUCUUCGUUUCGACUGCUUUUUCCUCCCUUCUUCUUCUUCCUCUUCUUUUUGCUUCUUCUUCUUCUUUUUUUUUUUUUUUUUUUUUUACAGUGAUAAUAAAACAAGAUAGCGAUCUGGAGGCAUUAAAGGAGACGCGGACUCGCGGGAUGAAAACGGACUAAAAAAGAUUCGUCCUUCUCCUGAACAUCAUCGCCGACCGUCAUUCAUUCAUUACCUUGACAACCUCUGGCUUUGAUUGACAGCCGGAGUGGCAAAAAGCCAUGAGACACGACAGUUUAGUUACAUGCAGGUUGUUGAUGGGCCGAUUGUAACCUUCACUUUGGCGCAUUUUUGCUUCUUUUUUUCUCUCCCCUCCCGUGGAAAGAGGGAAAACAAGAGAAAUUGCAAAACUCCCCGAUGCUACGAUCUCCACUGAACCACACUGGCGAAUAGGAGAAGUCGCAAAGUUGGUCGGAAAACGGAAUCUUGAUCUCUAAAUCACUUUCUGAACGGGGACUGGGAUAUUAAAUAUACGACAGAUUCAGGAGUUUAUUGGAGCGCAGCCCAAUGGCGCAAAGGUACGAUGAGCUGGCCCACUACGGUGGGAUGGACGGAGUCUCGGCGUCGAUGUACGGGGACCCGCACGCUCCCCGGCCGCUUCCCCAGGUCCACCACCUGAACCACGGACCGCCGCUGCACGCCAGCCAGCACUACGGAGCCCACGCUCCGCACCCCAACGUCAUGCCCGCCAGCAUGGGCUCCGCUGUCAACGACGUUUUAAAGAGGGAUAAAGAUCAAAUUUAUGGUCACCCUUUAUUCCCACUGCUCGCACUGGUUUUUGAGAAGUGCGAGUUGGCGACGUGUACUCCGAGGGAGCCCGGCGUAGCAGGCGGCGAUGUCUGCUCCUCAGACUCCUUCAAUGAGGACAUUGCAGUCUUUGCCAAACAGGUCCGAGCAGAAAAACCUUUAUUUUCAUCAAAUCCAGAGUUGGACAAUUUGAUGAUACAAGCCAUACAAGUAUUACGAUUUCACCUCUUGGAAUUAGAAAAGGUUCACGAGCUCUGCGACAAUUUUUGCCACCGGUACAUCAGUUGUUUGAAAGGAAAAAUGCCAAUAGACCUAGUAAUUGACGAACGGGAUGGCAGCUCAAAAUCAGAUCACGAAGAGCUCUCGGGAUCGUCGACUAACCUUGCAGAUCACAACCCAGCUUCCUGGAGAGACCACGAUGACGCCACCUCCACACACUCGGCCGGCACACCGGGGCCCUCCAGCGGGGGACACGCUUCACAGAGCGGCGACAACAGCAGCGAACAAGGAGACGGGUUAGACAACAGCGUUGCAUCGCCCGGCACGGGGGACGACGAUGAUCCCGACAAGGACAAGAAGAGGCAGAAAAAGCGUGGCAUUUUCCCCAAGGUGGCCACUAACAUCAUGAGGGCGUGGCUGUUCCAGCAUCUCACGCACCCAUAUCCUUCCGAAGAGCAGAAGAAGCAGUUAGCCCUAGACACAGGCCUCACCAUCUUACAAGGCCUGCAGAUCGGUCCUUCGGUGCGGCUAUCCCAGUUUGACUGGCCUUCAUCUCUGGAGGAUUCUUGGUUCAUUAACGCCAGGAGAAGAAUAGUACAGCCCAUGAUUGACCAGUCAAAUCGAGCAGUGAGCCAAGGAGCAGCAUACAGUCCAGAGGGCCAGCCAAUGGGCAGCUUCGUUCUGGACGGUCAGCAACACAUGGGGAUCCGACCAGCCGGGCCUAUGAGUGGAAUGGGGAUGAAUAUGGGCAUGGAUGGGCAGUGGCACUACAUGUAACCUCCAUCUUGUAAAGCAAAACGCAAAGAAAAAAAGGGGGAAGUCUGCCAGGCAUGCCAGGGGAGUACGUACCUCAGAGCGGUCCAAUGGGCAUGAGCAUGGCCGCACCAACUUACGCCAACCCUCAUCAGAUGACCCCUCACCUUUCCCAGCUCCGACGCGGACCACAUCUCCAUGCAUACCUGCCUGACCACGCCCACCACCCUCAUCACCAUCCCCACCACGCCAUGCUGAUGCAUGGAGGACCCUCAUCGCAUCCAGGAAUGACCAUGUCUGCACAGAGACCCCCUUUGCUCACCCCCAUUGACCCCAGUGCUGGAGGACAAGGCCUGGACAUCCAUGCCCAAUAGUAUAAGGAAACGUUGCUACCAUGACAACAGCAGCUACUACAAGAAAAACUUUUUUUUUAAAGCAGCAGGCCACAGUAGAUCCUAUUUGGAGACUAUUUUUAAGAAUAAAAAGCAAAUCCUUGUGACCAGAAUUUGACACUAAAGAAACAGAAUUCCAGAUCAGCUGUGAUGAUACUUUUUUUUUUUUUUUUUUUUUUUUUAGACUUGUCAAUUUUGUUACUUUCAUCCAAAACGGAGGACCAAGCUGACAAGAACACUUUGUAAAGUCUUGGGCUUUUGGUAAAGAUCAAGAGAAGAUGUUUUGACGUACACGUGUGCAAAGAAUGGACGGAUGCACACACUCAAAAACACACACUUUUCGCACACUUACUCACACACCAUCAUAAACAUGUUCAGUACACUUUCAUGUGACGCGCUCAAACGCUUCUAAAAUAAAAUCACUCUGGAAGAUUUAAAAAAAAACAACAACAGAAGGACUCCAAGAGUUAUAACUACUGUAGUAUAAAAAGUAUAGAUAAAUAAGUUAAAACUUGUGCAUUUUUCGUUGAUCACAUGGUUUAUGUUUCCUGAGCUAGUUUUAGAAUUAAAGGUUAACCUUUUCUCUCUCACACUGUGUGUGCUCCUUCCUGGAGGAGAAACUGUCUCGCAGCACCGCACUAUAAAGGAAAAAGAAACAACAAGAAGAUGAAACAUCUCAAACCACAGAGGGCAAUCAGGUCCUGUCCCCCAUAAGAACAGGGCAUGAUUGGAGAAGGCUGCUAAAUGACACCGGAUCUCUCCAGAAGAUUCAGUUUGAACAUUUGUCAUGCCCCUCUUUUUUUUGGUUCAUGAAUGAAUGUUGCCCUGUCGGUUUUAAAGGAAAAAAAAAGAAAAAGUUCUUCAUUUGAAUUGCCCAAGCACUGGAUUGUGUUGGUUUUAUACAUUUUUAUUUUAAUAUUGUUUUAUUUUUUUUGUACCCUGGACUCUCAUUGGUAAGAGCCUCUUGAAGGAAGCUUAAUAGUGGAAAAGCAACAUCCUACGGCGCUUCUUCAUCUGCGGAUCAACAUUCUUGCCAUAAGGACAAUACUGACACAGACGUUGAUUCGGCGGCACUGGAGAAGCAUUUGAUGGUUGAUGCACCAAAAAACCUGAAACUUAAAAAAAAAGGAGAAAAAAAAAAACUUAAAUUAUGAACUCAAUGCUUUUUGGGGUGUGGGUGGGUUUGGGGGGAGGGGGGGUGGAGCUGAGAGAAUAUUGUAACAAACUUCGUACAGAGUUCAGUCUAUUAAUUGUUUCAUGUUAGAUAUUCUAUGUGUUUACCUCAAUUGAAAAAGAAUGUUUUUGCUAGUUUCAGAUCUGCUGUGGCAUUGAUAUUGUAUGUCCAUGAAUUCCUUCCUUUUUCAGCACGUGUUCCUCACUAGAUGAUAAGAUGCCGUCUCCCUUAAGCUUUGUCAAAAAUACAUUAAAUACUUGUAUGAGGACUGUGACGUAAUGUUUAAAAGGUGUUCAGUCACAAAUGCUGUAAUAAAUAUUUCAUUUUUGAUUUU